GAGAGAAGUUGUGUGAAGGCACAUGGUGUUGUGAAGAUGAUAUUGAAAUUUGUUGAAGCUUAAAAGUCGUGGGAUGACAAAAGUCGUGGUCUCGUAUUUCCCAGCUCCAGCCCACCAGCAAGCACAUUGUCUUUCUGGGUACAGGCUACAGGCGACAGGCAGUGACCAUGCCAUGAAAUGGCGUCGCCCGUGCUCGUCAGAGCACACUCUUCCGAUCAUACGCUGUCCAUUGGCCCAUCUGGAAAGGGACGGAGAGGGGCCCAUGUACUGCCGCCGGUCUCGUCGUAUGCUUUCGCAGACAUUCUGAAGGCUGCCGACAGUGCGGAGUUCCAGCAAGCCAUCCAAGGAAUUGCAGAGAUAUGCGCACAAAGCCGGGUGAGCCUGGCGGAUGAGUAUAGCUCGCACCUCCCGCCUCUGGGCGAGAUCACAACGGCAAGCUCCGGUACAUCACGACACCAUGCACUCCGGCCGGGGAUGAGGCGGGCGUUGACCAGCGUGCCCGAGGCGAGCUCGGGGAGCAGCGAGGGAAGUAGGAGGAGCAAGAAAAAAGCAGGGAGUCUAUUCAACUUCCAACGACGGGGAGCGACGACACCAAGGCAGUCUAUGCGCAGCGUGCGGAUCGGGAGGAUGGGUCGAAUGCUUCCAGUGAGCGGAACGACUGCAAUGGCGAGCACUUUGAACUUUCCACUGGAAUGGGAAACAGCAACUCAAGCCGUGAUUGCGCAGCCACCAGUCGAUGACAGCGCAAGCGAGGCGAUGUGCAGCUUACGAAGGCUGCUCGGCGAGGACUCCGAGAGGUGAAACGGGCAAGGCUGGGACGAUCCGCGAGCAGUCAUGCAGGCGAAGUUUGCCAGGAGCGUCUGGAUAUGCGUGGAGAAGAACUCAUUGGGACGCAGCCGGAGGCUUGUUGCCUGAGGGAACAGACGGUCGAUGCGAGUCAUGGCCCAUCGGCUAGGAAGGGGGACGAGGCACACGGACACCGCGGCAGGAAUUGCCAUGAUUGCCGACAAGGUGUGAUUUACGGCUGUGUGGGCGUGUUGAGGAGGGAUAGGUUCGAGAGAACACGUGUGUUAAGUAAAGAUAAGGAUGUAGUUCCGCCUAGCUCUCAGGUGAUGAAGGCGCAAUGUACGGCGCGGCAACUUCCGCGUUCACCCAGACGCGCGCGCGCCCACACGGCAGGCUGCUACCU